AUGGGCAAAGCGGGAUUGGGUGUUGUUAUUCGAAACAACAGAGGACAAGCUCUGGCUGCUCUCUUGGAGCAAGCAAAUCUUCCCUACUCUCCAGACAUUACAGAAGCUUUGGCAGCUGCCAGAGCUAUUUCUUUUGCACGGGGGCUCGGCUUCACUUCAUUCAUUUUAGAGGGAGACUCCGCAAAUAUUAUUAAAACACUAAAGUCUGAAGAAGCAUCUCUAUCCUCCUUUGGUCAUAUUCUCAGCUUAGCGAAAUCCAUGAUGGCAGAUGGCAAUAUUAGAUUCUCUCAUGUGGGUCGAAUGGGUAAUAUGGUAGCACAUAAACUAGCUCAACAUGCUAGACAUGUUAGGGGUUUUUCGGUAUGGACGGAAAAUGUCCCUCCACACCUAUCUCAUGUACUUUGUGCCGAUCACGACUGA